AUGAAAGCUGCCCGUUAUCAUGGUGCAAAAGAUAUACGUGUAGAAGAAACAUCUAUUCCUUCUGUCAACAAAAAUCAAGUUAAAGUAGAAGUAAAAUAUGUUGGUAUCUGUGGAACAGAUUUACAUGAAUAUUUACAUGGUCCAAUGAUAAUUCCCAUGAAAGAACCUUAUCCAUUAAAUGGACACUGUGGUGUAACAACAAUGGGACAUGAAUUUUCAGGUGUAGUUGUUGAAGUAGGAGAUGAUGUUCACAGUGAUCGUGUCAAGCCAGGUGAUCGUGUUGUAGUAGAACCAAUUUUUAGAAAUCCAGAUAGUGUCUUUACAGCAAAAGGUGAAUAUAAUCUAUCAGAGCCGAUUGGUUUUAUUGGUCUGACGGGAAAUGGUGGAUUUGCAAAAUAUGCAGUUGUCGAAGAUUAUAUGAUACAUAAAAUACCGGAUAGUGUCAGCUUUGAACAAGGUGCACUGGUAGAACCUGCUGCUGUGGCUGUGCAUGCUGUUAAAACUAGUGAUUUACAACUAGGUAUGUAUCAGUAUCCAGCCGUUCGAUCUUUUUCACUAUGA